UCUUUAUUACUCUGACUAAUAUCAAAACAUCACUUCCCUAGUACAUUACUACAUUUACUUUAGUUUUCUCUAGCUAAGCUAGCUUAAUUAUUUUUCAUCAACAACAAAUUCUUUCAUCUAUAAAUACACAUUAGGGUUACGAACUUUAAUCAUAUACUGUACAAACUACAAAGUAUAUAUUUGUGACCUUCUCUCGACCACCUACACCAUCUUCUUCGAUCGAUUUCUUUUUAUUUCUUCCAUUGAAUUAAAGAGAGAAAAUUUUAGCAACUAUAUAUGUCGAUGGGGAAGAGAUCGUACUACCUUUUUAUCUACUCACUCUUAAUCCUCCUCUUCUCGGCCACUUUGGUGGCAGGUGAUUGCACUUGCGACCAUGAAGAAAUCACUAAAGACCAAAACUCGGACACAUUGAAAUAUAAACUUGGGGCUAUUUUCAUCAUUUUGGUGGCAAGUGCCCUCGGAGUAUGUCUCCCUAUAAUAGGAAAAAGUUUCCCAUCGUUACACCCCGAGAGUAAUUCAUUUUUCCGAGUAAAGACUUUCGCGGCAGGGGUAAUUUUGUCCACGGGGUUUAUUCACGUGUUACCCGAUGCCUUCGAAAGUCUUACUAGCCCUUGCCUGAAGGAGAAUCCGUGGGGGAAGUUCCCCUUUACCGGACUCGCCGCCAUGGUGGGGGCUCUAGGGAGUUUGAUGAUCGAUGCGUUCGCCACCGGGCACAAUCGUAGGGUCCACUUUGGGAAGGCGACCGUGGCGGCGGGUGUGGAUGAAGAGAUUAGUGGUGAUCACGCGGGGCAUGUGAUAUAUUAAAACUACUCUGUAGUUUUUUUUUUGAAGAAACUCCGUAGUUUAAUACUUAUAAAUAAUAAUUUUGAAAUAAGGGUGUAUGUACGUACAAUGUCAUACUGUCAUAGGGUCAGUUAGGCAGGGGGUUUAAUUAUUUAGGGAGAUAAGAGAGGCCGAAAGUACUUAAGGACAUAAUAACUUUCCAACUUGUCUUUAGUACUAUGAGUUAGAUAGCCAAUAUUUGUCAAUGAAAUAAUUGAAUGGGACAUUGCUAUAUCUA